AUGACGGGGCUAAAGGAAGGAACUCCCUUCAGAAGUUAUUUGGGCCGAAAGAAGCUAACGAGCCUUACCGAGGUUUUGGGCAAGGCAAAUGACUUCAUCCGGGGGGAAGACUUUGAUAAAGCGUCACAUCCUAAGAGGCCUGCAGCAGAGGAGAAGGAUAAGGAAAAAGACCGUAAGGACGAUAAGUACCGGAAGGACAAGAAGUCGGACACCUCCAGUAGAAGAGAGAAAAGUAACUCUGUGAAGAAGGGCCAUGAAGGUCGACCUGAUAAGUACCACAACUACACUCCUCUCACGACAUCCCGCACUCAGAUAUACGAGUUGCAUAAAGAUGAUGACAAGUGGCGUAGGCCUAGGAAGAUGUACUACAAGGGAUGGGAUAAACCGAAGUGGUGCGAGUUUCACAGGGAUUACAGUCACAUAACCGAAGACUGCAAAGACCUUAAGGACGGGAUCGAAGACCUCAUUAGAAGAGGAUACUUCACCCAGUACCAAGCGAGGAUUGACCGAAAACCUCCAUCUAGAGAAGAUGAAAACGGCAACAGAAGGCCAGUCAAAGACAGGAUCACUGAAAUCCAUGUUAUCACUGGGAGACCGACAAGAGGUGGAAGCAUACACGGUGCUAAAGCAAGCCUGAAAGAAGUAAGGCACAAGGUGAACUACUACAACGCAGGGAAAUGGCCGGCACCUCCAGCCAUGCCAGCUGUGGCCUUUACGUCGGAGGACACCAGGGGCAUUAUCUACCCCCAUGAUGAUCCCUUGGUAGUAUCUCUGCAGAUAUCAACCGCAAUGGUUCAUCGCGUACUUGUAGAUGGAGGAAGUUCCGCCAAUAUACUGUAUAAGGAGACGUUUGAGAAAAUGGAUUUUGACACUGCAUGUCUGAAGCCGGUCUCAUAUCUGGUUAUCGGUUUCACAAGAGCGUCUGUCGUCCCGGAAGGAACCACUAAGCUGGCUGUGAAAUUGCGGGAAGGAUCCCAUUCCAGGGACCUGAUAGUGGAAUUCCUUAUUGUGGACAUCCCGGCAACGCACAAUGCCAUCAUCGGACGACCUCUGAUUCAUGACGCCUAA